AUGAGUAACUGGUGCCUUGAUCUUGCUGGCCAGUCACCACUAUCCUGUAGGGAUAUGAGAGGCAAUCAAUCAAGAUUAAAGGAAAGUUCCUCUUUCCCCUACCACUCUAAUGAGCUCCAACCGCUGGAUUCAUAUCUGCUCUGCCUGUUGAUACAUUUGGAGCUGAGUAUCUUCACACAGUCUUCUCUGAGGAAUUCGCGCAGCUCUUUGGUCAAACUGAUACGUUUGGUUUCAGCAAUGAAAGCAAGCGCAGCGCUGGUGCUGGUGAAGGUGUUGCUGGUUCUUGCAGACGUGCCGCGCCCGCCCCCGCCGUUGGGCCAAUUAGGCCGUCCUUCGUCCCUGGACUGCCCCCAGCCCGUCUGCCCACAGCCCAUCUGCCCAGAACCCGUCUGCCCGCAGCCCGUGUGCCCACCUCCCGCCACCGCGAAAGAAAUCCCGCUCUGCCCCAACCUCUCCUGCCCAGAGCCAGUGUGCCCGAAGCCCGUGUGCCCCAAAGUGCCGCCCGCGCCGCCGUGUCCCGAUCUUUCCUGCCCCGAACCCGUGUGCCCCACCCCCCUAUGCCCCAGGCCGACGUGCCCUCCUGCCCGGUGCACACCGCCGCCCAGCCCACCGUGUCCUUCUUGCCCAGACUGCCACCCGGCCAACGUCAGCUGCCCGAAGCCCGUGUGCCCAAAGGUGCCUCCCGCGCCGCCCUGCCCCGACCUCUCCUGCCCCGAACCCGUGUGCCCUACCCCCAUAUGCCCUAAGCCGAUGUGCCCUCCAGCAAGGUGCUCUCCACAGUCCGGUGCUCCGUGCCCGUCGUGCCCAGACUGCCGUCCGGCCAACUUGAGCUGCCCGCAACCCGUGUGCCCAAAGCUGCCCCCUAUGCCGCCCUGCCCUACCCCCUCAUGCCCCUCCUGCCCGGACUGCCAUCCGGCCAACGUCAGUUGCCCGCAACCCUCAUGUCCGAAGCUACCCCCUGCGCCGCCCUGCCCGAACCUCUCCUGCCCCGAACCCGUGUGCCCCACCCCCAUAUGCCCCAAGCCGGCGUGCCCUCCUGCCCAGUGCUCGUCCUCGCCCAGCCCCUCGUGCCCGGGCUGCCACCCGGCCAACGUGAGCUGCCCGCAGCCCGUAUGCCCGCAGCCGGUGUGCCCUCAGCCUAGCUGCCCCUCCUCGCAGGUGUGCCCCGCUAAGGCCGCGUCUUGCAGCGGCUGCCUGUGGAAGGUGCUGGCCACUUACGACCACUUCCAGGGCAUCGGCUACUACAAGGCCUACAAGACGCCGGUGAACUGGCACCAGGCGAAGGACCUCUGUGCCGGAGAUGGAGCUCACUUAGGCAUCAUCAACAGCGAGAAAGAAGCUCAAAUAUUUAAGCUACUGUACCACAAGGACGGCUUGAGCGGUGAACCUUUGGCAAAAACCGGAUACACGAAGUGGCAUCCUGGCCAACCAGACAACUUUUUUGAUGAGGAUUGUGGGACUAUAACUUCAGAAGCAUUGCUGAAUGAUGGCAAAUGUGACUGGAAAACUGGAUUUAUAUGUGAAGCAUCUGAAGAAAAGGCCAUUGGGAACUAGAAAGUUAUUGUAUGAAGUUCUUACAUAAAUGUAAAAUAUUUUCAGAUGGGAUUAAUCGCAGUGUUUUCAACGAAUAUCUUGUAAUACUUCCUAAUUAAUAUCAAUAAAGAAAUAAUUAAACCACAAAA